AUGCAAACGCAUCAACCCACAAACUGUUCUAAUCACUAUUACCUUCACAAAUGUAAUUGUUGUUUUCCAAGUUCCCAUCCCUCCGAACAUGUUUGUCCCAUCACUAACAUACCAAGUCCUAUAUUACCGAUGCCUGAACCUACUUAUAUUUCUGACUCAUCACAUUCUCCAUCUUCUUCCAAUUCACAAAAAUUCCCUUCAAAUUACCCUUCAAAUUACCCUUCAAAUUAUCCUUCAAAUUCACAAAACAUUUCUCAAAAUCAACAAAAUGAAUUAACUUCAAAUUUGAGUCAGAAUACAAAUACUCAACGUCCUUUAAACAAUAAUCAAUUAUAUGAUUCAUUUUUAGAUCGUUCAUCAAACUUGUUUUUAUUAAAUACACUAAGUGCAUUUUUAUUUCGAGCAGGUUCUCGGAUUCGUCGUUAUAAUUCCUCUCCAUCCCCUUCAUCUCACACGAAUCUUGAAGAAUUUACUGUGGUAAUUCCUGUACUUGACAAUAAACCUAAAAGGAAAAAUUUAAAUGAUUCUCCAAUGAAAAAUCCUCCAAAUUGGAAAAGACUAGCUUGGAUGGUGCUAACUAUUUUAAAUAUUUAUACUUUUAUUGGAAGUGUUAUCUUAAUGAUCAUUUUAUCUAUAAAUGGGAAUAUCACAAAGUCUUUUUCGGUGUCUCAUUAUUUAAUUAUAGCUAUAGGAACUUUGGAAUUUGCUCCUCGUCUAAUGAAUAUUUAUCAAAUCCAUUUUUACACCGAUGGGAAAAUUAGAUUGUUUGAAGUUUUGGCUAUUUUGUUUGGCAAAAAAGAACUUUAUUUACUCUACGGUAAACAUCAUCUAACUUACAAACAAGUCUCAUAUGUAAGUUAUACGUCUGAUGUGCUCAUACUUCUUUAUUGGGCAUUCCUAAGUUAUGAACUUGUCUCGGAAAUUCAACAUGAUUUAGAAAAUACUAUAGAAUAUACUUUGUUGUAUAAUAGACAAGGGUUUUUAAUGCUUACAUUAUUAAGUGUUAUAACAUUAAUUAUUCUAAAGAUCUUAUGGGGCCUUGUUAAACGAGCUGUCUACUUUGCUGACAGACAUGCUUAA